UGAGCUUCCACCGGUCCUGCCCUACAGGAGGAGUGAGAGACGACAGAUAGACGACCCGCCGACAACAUUUAGACAUUAUUUAACUUUGUCGGACCACCCGGCGACUAUUUGGACCUUUUUUAUUUCCACCAUGACACCGUUAACUGUCCGCCACCGUUAGGAUAAAUGCGUUUUAAGGGCUGGGGAGCGGAAGUGAGAGAAAGGGAAGUUGUUAGGGGAAUAGAGGAAAAAUAAACCCCCCUAAAAGUGAUUUUCUUGUGUUAAGUUAAAGUCAAAUUUCGCCUUUCUGGAGGAAGGGGGGACCCUGGACUGUUCGUGGGCAUGGACACUCACAUUAAGGAGGGACAACUUUAUGUGCAGCAUCAAAAGUUUGGAAAGAAAUGGAAGAAGAACUGGUUUGUCCUGUACCCCGCCAGCCAAAAUGGCAUAGCCCGCCUCGAAUUCUUCGACUCGCCCUCGGGGGUUGGGGGCGGGGCCGGCGGAGGCUCGGGCAGUGGGUCCAACGAGAAAACCAGGAAGCUGGACAAGAAGAUCAUCCGCUUGUCUGAGUGCAUUUCCAUCCUGCCGGCGCUGACUGAGAGCUGUCCCAAAGAAAACAUGGCAGCCUUCUGUGUGGAAACCAAUGACAAGACCCAUGUGUUUGCUGCAGAGAAGAACGCUGCCAAAGACUGGAUGGAUACCAUGUGUGACAUUGCAUUUCAGGGAGGAGGCGGCAGCAGCAGUACUGUUGCAGACUCUAAUGGAGGACCCCAGGACUUGCAAAUGUCUGACAACCUCAUCUACUACUCCAGAGAGGAAGUGAACGAGUUCUGGGUGAGCAUUCAGCGCACUGAGGCGUCUGAGCGCUGUGGGCUGGCGGGCAGCUACUGGCUGAAAGCUGAAAGUGACGUCUUGAUCUUGAAAGAGCCAAAGACCAAAAGGAAUGUCCUGGUGUGGCCCUACAAGCUGCUGAGGAGAUACGGGAGAGACCGAGUGAUGUUUUCAUUCGAAGCAGGUCGGCGCUGCGACUCUGGCCCUGGUAACUUCACCUUUGAGACCAAGCAAGGCAAUGAGAUCUUCAUGCUGGUGGACCAGGCCAUCCAGUCGCAGAAGGCUCUGGCUGAGGAGCGCCACCUCAGCUGCCCCUUCAACUUCGACCCAGACUGCCCUGCGUCGCUGCAGCACAUACGUGGAGCAGGCGCCGUGUCGGGAAGCGGUGACAGCAGCAGCUGCAGCAGUCGGGAGGCGGAUGGUGAUUCAGGUGGCAGCAAACCAGGGUCUGCUGAUGGCGUGCUUGGGAAGAGAGAGGGGGGAGAUGGAGGAGGGGGAGGAGGAGGAAGAGGCCAAGGAGGUGGAGCAACAGGAGGACUUAAAGGCAGGAGUUUACCAGAACCACCAGCCAUGUUGGGGGUUUUGGGAGGAGGAGGGACCCCUCCGCGGUCUCCCAGAGGGCAGACGGGAGCAAAAGGUCUUCCCUUGGCUGAUGAACAUGCAGGUCUUUACUCUGAACCAGCUGACUCAGUCCGCCUGCCUCUGCACAGUGCUGACUGCCUCUACUCAGACCCAGUGGACAGCAUCAAGGGCCAGAACCAAACCAGCAACUCGUCCACCCCUCCAGUGCCAAUCCCGCGCCUCCGACCAGUAGGAGACGAGGCCUCAGCAGGUGGGGAUCAGCACCAUGGAGGUACCAACCACAGGAAGCCACCAGACCUUUACUCGCACGUGUACGACCGGAUCAGCUUGGAGCUGAACCAGAAAACAAGCGCCCUGAGUCUGAAUGGAACAGCAGUGGGAGGAAGAGGGGCAGGAAGAGGGGUGAACAGUAACAGGCGACCCCCAGGAGGCCAAGCAGAAGGGGCUUUGUCACCUCCUGCUCCUCCUCCAGAGCACAUAUAUGAUGAGCCGGAGGGUUGUGCCAAAGGCAGCGUUAGCUUGCCCGCGAGUUUAGGGAUGAGUAUUUACGACGAGGCCCGCUUGGAACCCCACUGCCAGAAGAGACAGGAGGAGGUGGCGGCAUCGUCAGGACAGGAGGGGAAUUACAGCACCCCGUCCCACGGAAAGCCCUCGGAGUCCAACAGACACUCUCCUCCGCAGCUCGGCCCGAGCCGUGGCAUGCUGCAGCCUCCGGCUCCGAGGGGACCCAAACCGACCACCGCCCCCAAGCCGGGCAGGGGCAUUUUCGGUCGGAAAGAACCGGUGCCACUGCCCCCUGGGAAACAUGGAAACCCUGGCAGUAAUGUGAAUAACAACAACAACAUUUGGGGUGGUGGUGGUGGAGGAGGAGGGGGGCAGGAAGUGUACAGCAAAGUGUCAAAACAGAAGCCUCUCCCUGCUAAUUUGUGGUUUAGCCAGCACCACCACGCACCACUGAGAUCUCCAGACAUCAUCUAUGACAACUUGGGAGAUAUCUGACAUUUUUAUUUUACAUGGACUGAACUUUAUCCUUUUUUUAGAAAAGAGGAGAGAUGCUGAAGGAGAAAAGAUGACGCUGGUCCAUGCUUUCAUUCUUGCAGUUUUUGUAAGGACUAAGCACAUUUUCUCAUUUCACGUUUCUUCCAUCUGUGGACUGGAAUAAUUAUUUGAGACAGUUGAUUCAUUCGGAGUGGAUUAGCUCACAACUAUGAGAAAACCACAUUAUGGCUGCAUUUUGUGCAACUUAUUGUAGGGCCACCCUCUGUGUGUAUGCGUGUGUGUGUGUGUUUGAGAAAGAGAGAGAGUGAGUGUUUGCAUGGUCAAACCCGUAAUUGGUGUACCAAGCCACAGUGUGGUUGGAGCCAGGCACUUCAAUUGAACACACACACACACACACACACAUACACAGAAACCAUAUGGAUUUGCCAAAAGGAGCUGGGCCUACAGGCUUCACUUUAACAAGCUGAGAGAGUGGCUUGGCUCCUCUUUUGCAAAAAGCCUGCCAUGCUUAUGAAGUGACUGGGAAACAUGUUUUUGCACUGCUGCUUUUCUGUUUCUCUGCAAUAUGAGACAACGUGACAAUGAGGAGUUACUGUUUGACUGGUUUGGAGUAUCUUCGGUGGCUAGGACUUUACCAAAACAAACUGAACUUCUUAUGUUAGUGUUUUCUGGACUGAUUAAUUAUCUUAAAUCUCACCAUAUCAGGGAGAUGUACAACAUUUUCAGUCCAGGACACUAAUAUGCAACAUGGUUGCAUCUUGGGAUCCACUAAAUGGAAAAACAUUGUUGCUACUGUUUUGAAGGAAGCAUGAAAAGUGGGACUUUAAGACCUCACCUGGGUCUUGGAAACAGACACACAUGGCUCCUAAAGGGUCACAUUGUCGUUAUUGGGCCACUGAAUUAUGGUGGCAUCUUCCUGCACAAGAUAAUAUUAUUCGAAAUCUUUUAUGUUUCUAUGUACAGAUGAACUAAAUACCAAACUAAUCAAUCCCCUGCAAUGUGUCAAUAUGUGUGUGUAUGUGUCAGAAACAGCUGUGCUGUCUGUAAAUAUAACUAAUAAUAAAAAUGGCUCAUAAAACCAAA